AUAUGGGCCUAAGCGAAGUAGCCAUAACCAAAAGAAAUUCAUGGUCCGACGAAGUAAAGAGUAAUACGGACUACGGAGUACUAUCGUUGUAUGUAUCAUUGUAUCGUUGUAUGUUAAUGGUCUUCGAUUUUAAUUUUUAAUUCAUAGGAUCCUUGCAUUGUUGCAUAUCCUUCAAGUUGAAUCCCUCGUGCUCUCUUCUCCAAAGUUCCUCUCUUUCUGAAAAUUAUCAAUAUAUGGGUGAAACGGGUAAGCGGUACCGAGGUCAGAGAGAAAACUAUGGCGAUAGUAAGAAUCAGAGAAGACGGACUGAUAAGGAGGAGAAGGGCGGUGAUGAAUUGAUUGCAUACAGGAUUCUGUGUCCUGACACGGUUAUCGGUAGUGUGAUCGGUAAAGCUGGAAAGGUGAUAAAUUCGAUAAGACAGGAGACGAGAGCAAAGGUGAAGGUGGUGGAUCCAUUUCCUGGUGCCAAGGAAAGGGUGAUUACUAUCUAUUGUUAUGUAAAGGAGAAGGUAGAUAUUGAAGUUGAUGAGGAGUAUAACAAUAAUGCACCCCUUUGCCCUGCUCAAGAUGCUCUUCUUAGAAUGCAUGCUGCCAUUGCUAAUGCAUUGUCCAGCUUGGGUGAUUCUGAGAGGAGGCAAAAAGAUAUGGAAGAGUGCAACAUUCUCGUCCCAGCUAGUCAAUCUGCUAAUGUAAUUGGCAAGUCGGGGAGCACUAUAAAGAAAUUGAGAAGCAAGACAAGGGCUAAUAUUAGGGUCACUCGUAAGGAUGAUACGGACUCGAGUCAUUCAUGUGCUAUGGAUUUUGACAAUUUUGUUCAGAUUUCAGGAGAUUCUGAGGCCGUUAAAAGAGCGCUGUUUGCUAUUUCUGCAAUCAUGUAUAAGUUUGCUCCUAAAGAAGAAAUUCCCCUUGAAACUAGUGUGCCCGAGGUUGCACCAAGCAUCAUUAUUCCUGCUGACAUGCCUGUUUAUCCUGCCAGUGGAUUUUAUACUGAUCCCAUAGCUCCUUCUAGGUCUUCUUCUCUAAUGGAUGCUCAUGCACCAGAACUUUCUGUUCCAGGCUAUGCUGAUUCAGGAAGCAUGUGGUCUGUUGUUGUCCCUGGUUAUAGUGGGGCCUCUCGAUCUGAGGAGCUGACAGUACGGGUUUUAUGUCCUUCUGAUAAGAUUGGGCGUGUCAUUGGGAGAGGAGGGUGUACUAUCAAAAGUGUAAGACAGGCCAGUGGUACACACAUUGAGGUUGAUGAUACUAAAGCUACCCGAGAUAAGUGCAGUGAAUGUUUGAUUACUGUAACUUCAACUGAGUCAUUGGAUGAUUUACAAUCAAAGGCAAUCGAAGCUGUUCUAUUACUUCAAGAAAAGAUCAAUGAAGAUGCUGAAAACGUUACUAUGAGCCUUCUUAUUCCAUCUAGAAAUAUUGGGUGCAUUAUAGGGAAGAGCGGCUCAAUUGUCAAUGAGAUUAGGAAAAGGACCAGGGCUGAUAUCCGGAUUUCAAAAGGAGACAAGCCCAAGUGUGCUGAUGAAGGUGAUGAAUAUGUUGAGGUAUCUGGAGAAGUUAAAAAUGUCAGAGAUGCACUUAUACAAAUUAUUCUUAGGCUCCGUGAUGAUGCUCUGAAAGAUAAUGCUGGUGCUAGCAAUCCUUCUGUUGCUCCUGAUUCUUUAUACCCUGGUAGCAGUGGAUUUUCACUGCCUCCUGUUUUACAAACUGUUCCUCCAGUCAAUCCUUUGGGUUAUGAACCAAGAACUGAGUCCGGAAAUGGGGUUGGCAAUCUUGGCAUGUAUACUUCUAGUAGCCAUUACAAAUACGGAUCAUUGUCGAUGGGAGAUGAUGGAUAUGGAUCCUCAUAUUCAUCCAAGCUUUAUGGAGGAUUGCUGCAAUCCUCUACUCUGGAGAUAAUGAUUCCCGCUAGUGCAGUAAGUAAAGUUAUUGGAAAAAGCGGGGCUAACCUUUCCAAUAUUCGUCAGAUAUCUGGAGCAGUAAUAGAGAUUUCUGAUCCAAAGUCUUCUCGUGGAGACCGUGUGGCACAUAUAUCUGGCACACCUGAGCAGAAGCGUUCAGCUGAAAAUUUAAUUCAGGCAUUCAUUAUGGCUACUUAAGUGUUUUCUUGGCAGGAAAGUUGAAACUGGACUAUAAGGGUGUUAUUUUCUAUGCACUUCCCCUAGGCUAUUCCACCAGUUCUCCUUUUUAGAAUAUUCCACCAGUUUGUCUCCAUCAAAAAUGCCAAUCAAGAUAUUGUGCCAGAGGAUUCGCACACAGAUCUGUCUAGAUGGAGCUUAGAUCUCAUGGCUACUUAGUCUACUCAUCUUUUGUGGGCUGCCUUGCUUUAGUUAGGAUCCUUCAUUCCUUUCUUGACUUUGUGCUAUCCAUCUAUAUUCUUGCAGUUUCCAUGAAUAACAUAUUGUUUCUGACUGAAAGGUUUUUCUUCUACUGAACAUAAUAAUCAAAUCAGUGUUGCAUGUUCUGGCGUUCA